GGCACACUGCACGACAGCGUCUGAACAGCACCACAGAGGUGGACGUAAGGUUGGAAAGAGUACUUGGAACAAAGUUGGAAAAGUUCUGUGACAGUGCGCUUGUAACCUCCUAAUCACGGAAUCCUGAGGCAGCCACUGGGGAGAGCGCUCGCCCUUUCUUUCGGUGCACUGGAUUGAAGAAAAGCUGCCUAUUGUAAUGGUAAAAUGUACUCAGAGGAGGAGAAAGACUGAUAAUCAAUCAAAAACGAAGCCGUCCUCAUCAUACCCCCUUCUUGGCGAAUACGCUUUUGAAGACUUAUGCUACUUGGGAAGGGGUGAAUGAAGCGGUUGUGGGUUUGCAUUUUGUAAUUUUACUGUCGGCUACCUUAGUUUUUGAAUAUUGGCUGACAAGUUUAGAACUUUCUUACUUUUUUUUAAGCAAAGCAUGUGUCUCCGGGGUACACUCACUCCCUUCUUGAUCAUUUUGGAAACUGGGUGCCAGGCUUUUAUGGCAAAGAAAGAAGUUUAAAAAAAUCACAGCACCCCCGCUCACACCAGCCAGCCAUUCACGUUGCUUUUUCCGGGUUACUUUAGCAGCUUCUGCAGUAAGCAUUUUUGCCAUGGUGUACCUAGUGGAGCUCUACAGGGAGCGCCAAUCUAAAACGGACAUUGCCCUUUAAUUUGUGGCGAUCUGAACAGGCAAGCGGAGGGCAAGAAUGGAACGUCGCUUGGGCACCCCGGCAAAACAAGUGUAUGUGGAAAUAUUUCUGCAGGGAGGCGCACCCUGGGGAUUCACAUUGAAAGGUGGGGUCGAACACGGUGCCCCGCUCGUUAUCUCCAAGGUUGAAGAAGGAGGCAAGGCAGCUCUGCUGAAAAACAGACUACAAGUAGGAGAUGAGGUGGUGAGCAUCAAUGAGGUGGAGUUGAGUGGUUCAAGACAGGAAGCCAUCUCCUUGGUGAAAGGGUCCUACAAAACCUUGAAGCUCAUUGUUCUCAGGUGUCCAGACAAAAGUGAUCCAGAAGCAUCCUUAACAUUUAAUGCUACAUUCAGUGUUCCUGACACUGAAUACAGCCAGUCACCAUGGUCUGGAGGAGUAAAGCUGAGGCCCAAAAAAAGGCAAAGUGAACCAGGAUGUCGACCUCACUCCUGGCACUCAACCAAAUUAGGGGAAAAUCAGCAGGAUCCCAGCAUGAUGCAAAUAUCUCAGGGCACCAUCAGCACUCCUUGGCACCAAACGUACCACUCAAGUUCCUCAACCAGUGACCUCUCAGGUUAUGAUCAUGGAUUACUGAGGAAGAGCCCAGACCAGUAUAGCUCUAGGGGAAGUAUGGAGAGCCUGAAUCAUGGUCACCUUGCCUACAGCUCGUGCCACCAGUUGUCCCCUGCCAAAUCAACUAACAGCAUUGACCAGUUCCCCCACCUUCACAGCAAGAGAGAUUCUGCCUACAGCUCUUUCUCCACAAGCUCUAGCAUUCCAGAUUACCAAUCGCAGUCUUUUAGCAAGGAACGCUCAUAUUCAAUGGACAACAUGCAUUUGCAGAGAGGCUUGGAGAGCAUUAAACAAACUGAUAUACGAUAUGUUCGGACAGUAUAUGAUCCUCAUCGUGGAAUAUCAGAAGAGCAAGAAGUUAGUUCUUCAGUGUUGCUCCGUAAUAAAGAUGGGAAAAUCCAGACUGACACUAAAGGGUGCCAUAAUUGCUCCAGCAACAGUCACAAUACUAACAGACAUAGUAUUGGCUCAGUGUGGGGAAACUCUGGGAGUAAUAAUCCUUCAGAAAGUGAUAAUACAGGACCACCAGCUCCACCCUUGUGUAGGGAUAGUUAUGCUGCUACUAAACACCAUGAAAGGCCAAGUUCCUGGUCAAGUUUGGAACAGGCCAGAUUUGCUCGGAUGCAACAGAAAGGCUCCUGGUCUCAAUCUGGAAGCUCAGGUAGUUCAGGAAAAUCGUCUUUUUCUACAGAGAGCCAGUUGCAUACAGUUGUAGAAAAAAGCCCAGAAAGCAGCCCUACGGUCAAACCAAAACAGACUUUUGCUCAGUCACCUGCACCUGGGAGGCCAAUGCUUCCCACUGGGGUAUAUCCUGUACCUCAACCUGAACCACACUAUGCACAGGUCCCCUCAAGCUGUCCCAGUUCAGUCACUGUACUUUAUCCAGCAUUAGCUAAGGAAAGUGGCUACAUUUCACAAAAAGCUCAGGCUACUGCUAGUCCUGGGGUGACAUUAGAAAAAGAGAACUUACACCAAAGUAAUAGCACCACCAAUUUCUCCAUUACUCAUCAAGCAAAACAGUACACAGAAAACAAGUAUGAAAAUACAGAUUCUAAAAUGGGGCUUUAUUGGCCUCAUUUUGUGUCCAUGACUGAAAUUAACACUGACAGCCAUGCUCAGAAUGAAACAGAUAGAGAUUCAUGUUUUGUUACACACCAGUCUGCCACAGGGAACUGUUCCCAUCAGUAUCCCAAUGCUGUUUCUUCAAAACCAGAACAGAAAGAAAAGAAACAGAUCCGACAGGAAGAGAGUAAAUCAGAAAUAGAAAUGAUUAAAUUCAAAGGAGAGCAAGAUGAAAGCAAAGUAGAAAGGCAGUAUGUUAAGUCAGUAGCACAUCCCUGGGGGAAUUACUUGGAGAAAACUGUGUAUCCCAAUGGGCAGUUCAAUGCAGAUAGAAAUCAAAGGUCUUAUGGAAGCUGCAGUGACAUAUUACUUUCGGAUAUGAAUGAUGAGUUUAAAAAUCAAGCUUUACACAGGCACUCAGGUGAGCCAUCUGGGUAUCAGCUGCACGUACCGUGUUCACCAAGGUAUAAUGAUUUCUCCCCUCAACCCCAGCCAUCUAAGAACUUAGACCAUUGCAGACCCCGAUAUAAUACCAGUAGUGUCCAGAACUGUCAGGCUAGAAAGAGUGAUGUAACCAAAUUGCGUUGCUCUGUGUUAGAGAAAGUUAAUCAAAUAGAACUGAGGGAGCAGGAAAAACAAAGGGCCCAAAGCACUAGCAGUAUUGGUUGCAAUAAUUUUGUUUAUGGGCGACUAAGUCAGGCAUCAAGUGGCAGGAGCUCAUACACAAGCAUUGAAGAUAUUCGAAGUCGUCUAAACUUUCCUGAUGGGCCAAACAUGGGCAGACUGCACUCAAGUCAGACAGGCUCCCAAAACUGUAACAGGGACCUAAAGGGCUCAAGUGUAGGAGAUGACUUAAAACAAGAACAGGAAAAUGAGUUUAUUGGCCACAGGCGAAGAAAGAGUGAGCAUGGACCAUUGAAUGAUGCACCAAGUAAACCGGCUCACUUACAGAGGAGCAAGAGCACCUUUCAGCUGAGCACAGAGGAGGAAGUUAAGGAAAACAAAUGGAAGAGUGAGUUUCAGGAUAUUACAAGUGGUUUUGUUGACAACACGUUUAAUAGGACCUAUAGGAACAGUAUUAAAGAUGCACAAAGUAAAGUUCUUAGGGCCACGUCCUUUAAGCGAAAAGACCUUGAAAUAAGCCCACCAAAUCUCAACAAACCAAAGUUAUCUCAAGAGAAGCCAUACUUAGGUAAUUCCGCUUGGAGUGCUGUUCGAAUUAAUAAUGGGUCACGUCAUGCCCCUAAAGAAAGGCAGACAGUUGCUCCUGAAGAAGUUAGCUCCAUUCUGUCACCUCAGCCUCUCAAUAAUCUACCUGCACCUUAUUCUGUUUCCCGAAUUGGUGGUCGGAAACGCCUUACUGCUGAACAGAAAAAGCGCUCCUACUCUGAGCCUGACAAAAUGAAUGAGGUAGGUGUGUGUGACAGUGAGCCUUUGCCUGUCUCCAUGCAAAAGAAGACUCAACACUUCCUCCAUCCAGAGACCAGUGUUGCAGACCGGAGAAGAAUGUUUGAAAAUGAGGGACGAUCUUGUACUACUUCUCUGAACACCACUACCAAUCUUUCACGCCCUGAGCUGAAGCAGCUGCAACAGAAUGCCAUAGCUGAUUAUAUUGAACGGAAAACAGGGAGACGGCCUUCCAGGGAUCAUUCUCUGAGCUCAUUUGUAGGAAUUAAUUAUUCAGAGCCCCAAAGUUUAUCUUCUGCUUGUAGUCUGAACUCACUACAGGAUCAGACACUUUAUAAAUACAAGCAAACGAACAGGAACUCACAGUCCACAAAAGGAUCCUCCACUCUUCCUCCUGGACUUCAAGUUUGCUUUGAUUUGGAAGAGAAACAAUCAAGACUGUUGUCCAGUCAUUACUCUCUCUCAGCUUGGCCUAGCAGUGAACUGCGUCAAAGAUGCCACAGCUCAGAAAUGGAACUGAGUCAAGGGUUCACUGUUCAGCAAGCACAAGCGAAGGCCAGUAGUCAUCUGCACCACAGAAAAGAACAGUUGGUUUCGGGAAAGUCAGCCUCUGCUGAAGACCUAUUAGAACAUUCAGAAAACCAUCCUGUUGCUGUCCAUGUUCGGUCAAGAUCAUCACCUUCAGCACAUAAGGAUUUUGCAGUAGCAGUGAGUAAGUUGUUUGACGACUCAGCUAAGAAUCUUGAUUCUUCUGCUGAUACCCAGAGCAGAUACCUAGAAAAUGAAGACAAGUACAGAAAUACACCAAAAACAUCUACAGUUUUCUGUCAAGCAGGGAGCACUAAAAUGCAGCAUAAUUCUCAGUCUCCGAGCAAUACAUUGACAUGCAAAGGAGAAUUUUCCCUUGGAUUCAAUAAUAUUUCAAGCAUGAAGCCUGAUACUGUCACCUUAGAACAUAAUGCUAAAUCAGAUCUGGCAGAAUGUGGAAUGUUAGAUGGAAGUUCCAAUUCCAGCCUUUUAUCAAGCCACAAUCAAAUCUUCAGUAAUAAACCCUCCAAAAUGCAGAUUUCUGCCCCUUUACCUUCAAAUAUAAUUGAGAGAUAUGAUGGUAACUGUCAAGAUGUAAGCACUUUUCAAGUCAACUUGACACCAGAAGACAACUUAAAUAAAAAUAAACUUCCCAAGAGACCCCCACUUCCCAAAUUUAAAUGGAUCAAUUCAUCUCAGGAUGAUCUCCUCUCUGUACAAAACAGUCCUCUUCAAAAUACACACCAAGCAAAAGAAACCUACAGUUCAUCCUCUGAGACAGAGACAGAAACAAGCAGCCCCACAUCCCCUCGAUCAAACACACUCUGCUCUUUGAGAAUUUCGGAGUCACAGCUACAGUUUGUUUCUUCCCCCUCCUCUGUUCAGGAUGAUGAUGAUGUGUUUAUUCCUGACACCUCAGCGCAGUCAAACAAUGUGUUGGAUCUUCCCAGUGAAAUUUACAGUGAAAUCCCUUUGCACAGUAACGGUUUGAAAGAACCAUCCACACCUACUGCACAUAAGCAAACAGACAGAGCAUUCUACUCCUCUCCUCAGGAAAACCAAAGUCAGAGGGUUUUUGUGGAUGACAAGAAGAAGGAAGAGCUGAGGGCAUCACCUACAGACAUUGACAGACCAUUUCAAAGGAAACAUGUAGAUUUAGUGCUUGAAUUCUCGGUUGUAAAUGAUGCAGACCCCACCGAUAUCACAUCCUCCUGCACGGAAGGCCAUCAGUCACUCCUAAACAAUAGCAAGCAGAAUAUAACUGAGUCUUUAACAAGAGAUAACAGGCCUUUAGUUGAAUCUGACGACUCAGUAAAGAGUGUGCAGCCUAAGAGUCAGCUGUCAGUAAUAAAGGAGAAGUCAGCAGAAGAUAUUAGGUCUGAAGAACUUGCCAAGGAGAUUAUUACUAAAGACAAGUCUCUUGCACACAUCCUUGAUCCAGACACUACCCUGAAAACAACAAUGGAUCUUAUGGAGGGAAUUUUUCCCAAAGACAGUGAAGCGCUCAGACAAAGCCAACUCUGGAGGAAUCGAAAAAAGAGACUAAUAUUCCAAACUUCGCAAGAAGAUAAGAAGUUGGAUAAAUAUAAUUCAGCAUGUCCUUCCAGUGACACCCUCAGUCCUAAAGCGAAGAUACUACAUGAAAGGCAGGACUUGCAGGCUGUGAUUGAGGUGAAGAAGGAUGAGGAAGUCAUUUCCUUGGCAAUGAAUGAGAAAAAGAUGGAACUAGUGAACAGAAUUUCCAGCAAGUUGGAGGUUCUAAGAAGUGCUAGAAAGAGCCUUUCUUCUGACAUUUUACAAAACAUGUCACUGGGUGAAGAAAUGGAAACACUUAUUAAGAAUCUUUGUAAGCCCAAUGAAUUUGACAAGUACAAGAUGUUCAUUGGUGAUCUAGAAAAAAUUGUAAAUUUGCUUCUGUCACUGUCUGGACGCCUGGCUCGAGUAGAAAAUGUGUUGAACAAACUGGACAAAAAUGCCAGUGCUGAGGAAUGGAAUUCCCUAAAUCAGAAGCGAAAAAUACUUUGUGGACAACAUGAAGAUGCACGUGAGUUGAAAGAAAAUUUGGACCGCCGUGAACAGGUUGUGUUGGAUAUUUUGGGCAACUAUCUGACCUCAGACCAGCUGCAGGAAUAUCAGCACUUUGUGAAAAUGAAGUCAGCCCUCAUCAUAGAGCAAAGAGAGCUGGAUGAAAAGAUCAAGCUGGGAGAGGAUCAGCUAAAGCAUCUCUUGGACAGUUUGCCACCUAGUUUUAUUGCAACUACAGAUAUGUCCACUUCUUCUAGCAGCACCCACAAGGAUAGCACAUCCACUGCCAUUCCCACUGUAAGGGCAUGGAGACCUUCACCUUUACCACCCCCGCUGACCACGUCAUUGUAAAGCAAGUUAAAUUCUAUUGUACUUGAUAUUUUACAUCAUUUUUGGUGAUGCAUUUUACUUUAAAAUAUCAAGAUUACAUAUAUGAAAAAUGUAUUUUGUUUUUAUAUUAUUAGCAGUAACAUCCAUUUGAUAUACUGAGCAAAGAACCCUUUAAAUCAAAACACUGGUGCUAUGCUGACAUAAAUUUAUAUUCAACUUGUCUUCAUCCACUGCUUGCUAGUUUCUUUUGUUUAUGUUAUAUAUAUAUAUGUUAUUUUUAAUGUAUUGAAGGAAAAAUAUUCAUUCCUAAAUUUUGAAUAUUUUAUUUUACAUGGAGACUUGAAAAAAAACUUUAGGUAUCUUCAAAAACAAUGUAAAUAAUUUGCACUGCAGUUACAGGAGACUUUCUUUAACUAUUUGAAAAUUUUAAGUUGCUGUCACAAUGCCAUGAGACCAUUUCAUUAACUAUUUAUGUAUUUUAAUGAAAGUGCUGUAUAUAUGCUAACCUUUCAUGAUUCUACUUUGCAGGGAAAGUUUUUUGUACCAUGAAAUAUGGAAAAAGGCCUAAAUGCUUAUUAUGAUAGUCAUACUGUCAGGUGUAAAGAAGCUCUCUUAGGAGAAUUUCUGUUACUUGUCUUCCAUUGUCCACAACUGAAAAGAUUUGAAAGCCUUCCUUGAAUUUCAUAUUGUGAGUCUGCAGAAUACCACAAAAAUACAGUAGUAACAUCUGCUGUGUUUGUUAUAGAAGUAAUCCAUACCUUACUAAUAUAGAAUAUUGUAAAAGACUGAACAGUCUUUCAGUAAGCGCAACGUCUUCACAGCAGAUGUCAGCUGCUACUAUAAAGUAGCUACAAAGUGAGUUAAUGUUACAGAAAAUAAUGCUUUGAUUUUGCAUUUCUAGGUCCUGACCCCAUUUAAGGAAUUUGCAUCAAGAGUUUAAACCAUGGUUUUAGUUGCAGUAAGAUGGGGGUGGAUCACUUUUGAGAAAAAGAGAAAUACAACUUUUAUGUUUACUCAGAUUUUGGCUUCAGUUUAAUUCCCCCAGUCUCCUUCAGACUUCUCAAGUACUUGGCCAACUUGAGAUAUAAGAAGUAGUCUCAAUCACAACACAUAUAAAUGUACAUAGAGCUUUGCAAAAAUGUCUGACACGUUUCACUAGUUUUUUUCUUUUAUAUAUAGGUAGUAGUCGUUGGUUGUUGACAACAGGUGUUCAAAUGUAAAGAACAUUUUUUAUUUCAUGCUACCUAAAAUACAGUCCAGGUUUUUGUUUUUUUUUUCCCUCCAGCUUUUUUUUUGACAGAUUUUUUGAUAGGAUCUUAAUCUAAAUUGCUAAUUUACACUUUUAUUUAAAUUAUUUUAUCAUUGUUUGAAAUGAUGACACCGAUUAUAUAGCAGCAAUAAAAAAUCAGUUUAAUAUCUGAAAAGAAUUGGUCCAUCCAUUCAUUUCCAAACUGCCACAAUCCAGCUCAGGGUCUCGGGGAUUUGGAGCCUGUUCUUGCAACACUUGGUACAAAAGAGGAACCAACCCUCCUAGUUCAGCUCCAUGGAAUGUAACUUAGAGACCUCAGCAUUUGUGACUAUUUUAUUCACCAAAGGAGAACUGUGUGCUAAAGGUAGUGAGGAGACUUGGUGAAACUGCCUGUAUAAUAUCUUGAAAACGUAUUGGUACUCUCAUAUAUAAAAAUUAAUAGCCAAAAAAGCAUCUUCAGUUUGUUUAAACCUACGGUUUCUGUGAUUUGUUCAGUCAGUGACCACAACAUAUUGAGUAGUGUACUUAAUAAGAAUAUUUUUUGGCUUUAAAAAUAUAUACUUGUAGCUAUGAUAUUCUGUAAGCAUCACUGAAUGCCAGGAGUACAUGCCUUUAUUUUACCUAAUUAAACAGUCACAAAGUAAUCCAGUAUUACGGUUUUUCAUCUGACCAUUUUGGAGGUAUAUUUUCCAGAACAUUGUCAAAAUGUUGUUUUAUAUUUUAUGAAAUAUGUGUAUUUCUAAUGGAGACUAUAUUUGCUGCUUGUUGAUAAUAUAACAAGAUUUUCUUUAGAAAAAAAAAUUACAUACGCAGUGCCAUGUCAUGAAUUUUAAGUUCUUUUACAAAUGAGUAGGUCUGACUGAAAAUACUGUUUACAUUUUGUGAUUACUGGCAAGUUUUUCACCCUUUAUUAUCAAGUAUGAGGAAAAUUGCUUUUUUUCCUAUUUUUCCUUUACAGUAUUUUAAUAAUAAAUUAUCAGAGCAUAAUAUGUAUAUUCACCCAACAUUCUUCUAAAAGCAGUUUCAUAACAUCCUUGACACAUCUAAAACAUUUUCAUAUUAUCCGUGCUUUUCUAGAUGUAUAGACACUCUUAAGUCACCACAGUUGAUAUGGUAACACACACAGUUGAUUCCAAAUGAACUGAGUUUACAGAGGAGAAAAUACAGUAGAAAUUGAUAAUAAAAAAAUAGUAUCUUAAAGCACAAUAGUUCUCAUUCAAAGAAACCUUUUUUAGUGUCCAGUUAUUGCAUUUUUCUCUCAUGUAGAGAAGAACAUUUAAAAAACAGAACUAAAAUUGUCUAACUUUCACCGUUGAUUACCUCCAACUGUGCCUUAAUAACGUUAAUCAUAAUGCCAAUCCUGCAGGCGGGAUUUGUGAAAGAGAAUUAAAUUUAAUAUUUGCUUUUCUUUGUCCUUUCUUUUCAUUUUACAAUAAUUCAUCGUUUUAGAGUAAGAGGGUGUAGGGAAUGGGGUGCUGAUGGAGAGAAAGUAAACAAACUGGGCUGUAUUUGUAGAAUGAAUGUAAUUGUGUAUAAAGGACUGCAUUACUGAAUCCUAUUUAAUAUUACAUUUAUCUGUAACAAUUAACUCAGCAACAUAUCUUUCAGCUGCCAGUUUCAACUCAAUCUAACUGUAUCAUUUCAUUUGGAAUCUGCUAAUCAAAACGUUUUCUAUAUUUGUAAAAGUAUAAUUUUGUGUUAAUGCUGUGACUUCACAUUUUUGUACAUUUGCUUGGGACACCAUUGCUUCUAAAUAAAGUUUCAUGUUAUGUAGUGUGUUUUGAACACACACCAGUAUGCUGAAUUAAGAUAGAGUUUGAUUCAACAGUACAGGUUUUAGGUCGGUACUUAGCUUGCAGUCCCAAUCUACUUUCAGCACUCUCUGACUGGUGGACUUCAUUUUGUCAUUGACUAUUUUUUCUGAAAUGUGAAUGAGCAUAGAUUAAUAGUCAUUUUUACAGUAGUUUAUAAAGGCUUAAAAUGUUAUUUGACAUAUUAAUGCAAAAAGGUUGUAUGAAAUGCAUACAAUAAAAUAACUUUGUGGCUAUCAGCAUCGUGUCUCAGGUGAUUUGUCCCAUAUUACCACUCAAAAUUGUCCCAGUGUGUGUAUGACAUACAAAGACUGGCAUCCCAUCCAUGACUGGGUCAUACUAUAAAUACAUUGCAGACUCCCUAUAACA